AGAAAAGAGAACAGCGUUCCUACAGAAGGAUCGGUGGCAUCCCGACGUGCCCAUGGAGUAACUCUUUGUGGACCUUUCUUUGGGAAUAUUUGACUAACUGCUAUUUCACAUAAGAACUUAAUUGGAAUAAAAACAAAUUACUGUCCAGGAUACCUUGGUUAGUUAAACAUGGCUGAUUCCGGUUUCCCAUUCCCACCAGACUCUUUCUGUCCCCUGUGUGCUGAUGGACUCCGGGACCCGGUCACCAUUCCCUGUGGGGACACUUACUGCCUGGAGUGUAUCAAGAUCUACUGGGACCAGUACGACCACAUGGGCGUGUACAACUGCCCUCAGUGCCGCGCGUCUUUCACUCCACGGCCCGUCCUGAGACGUAACGUGCCCGAUGUUCAGCACCAGCAAGAGCCCCGCCAGCAGCUUCCGGAGCUCACCCCCUUCCCGAACAUGCGCCGCGAAUCCUACUGCGACUUUUGUGUCGGCCGCCGCAACAGGGCCGUCAAGUCGUGCCUCAUGUGUCUGGCUUACUACUGCGAGACGCACGUCAAGCCUCAUUACGAGUCGUCCACGUUCAAGAGGCACAAGCUUGUGGACGAGACGGGCCACCUGGACAGGAAGAUCUGCCCCCAGCACGAGAAGGGCCUGGAGCUGUUCUGUCGCUCUGACCAGAUGUGCAUCUGCGUGCUGUGUACUGUCAGAGAGCACCGCAGCCACAACAUUGCCUCAGCGGAAGACGAGCGCAUUGAGAAACAAAAAGUUCUGGUGGUGACCCAGUCCGAAGUGCAGCACAUCAUUUCAGAGAGGAUGAAAGAGCUGCAGGAGCUCAAGCACAAUGUGGAUGUUCUAAAAAAUGCUGCCCAGCGUGCGCAGACUGAAAGCGAUAAGACCUUCCAUGAGAUGUUGCAGGCAGUCGAGCGCUGGAAGUCUGAAAUCAAUCAGAUGAUAAUGGCCAACAUGCAGGCGGCCAUGACGCAGGCUGAUGGCUACGUUGAGCGCCUUGAGCAGGAGAUAAUGGAGCUGCAGCGGCGAGACGCUGAGCUGCGACAGAUCCUGGAAACAGAAGACAACAUUCACUUUCUGCAGAAUUUUCCCACCCUGUGUGUUCCUCCAGAGGCCAUGGUUCCUAAAGUUCUCAUCAACCCUCAAUUCUCCUUUGGAGAAAUUAGCAAAACAGCCACAGAGAUGAAAGAAAGCCUGGAUGACAUCUGUAAAAAGGAACUGAGCAAGAUCUCCAAGACGGUCAGCGAAACUCCUGUGUAUAUACUUCUGCCACGAAAUAGGGACAAACUCCUGAAAGUUCCCUCCAGGGUUGAUUUUCAGGAGCCAAAAUCCAGAACAGACUUCUUGAGAUAUGCGGUCAGACUGUCCUUUGAUUCAAACACCGUCUACAAAGAGCUCGUGCUGUCAGAUGGCAAUCAGAGAGUCACUCGAAAGAAAGCGACCCAGUUUUACCCAGACCAUCCGGAACGCUUCGAUGGCUUUUCCCAGGUGCUGUGCAAGGAGCCUCUGUCUGGCUUCAGGUUCUACUGGGAGGCCGAGUGGGGCGGGGAGUUCUCCAUCGGUGUGGCCUACAAGAGCAUCAGUCGCAAGGGCAAAAAUUCAAACAGCCUUCUGGGCUACAACGACAAGUCGUGGAGUCUCCUCUGCUCUGAUUCGGGAUACUCAGCCUGGCACAACAAAGCAGACAAAGAUCUGCCUGACGCUCCCCGGGCCGCUAGGAUAGGUGUGUACUUGGACUAUGCGGGCAACACUUUGGCCUUCUAUUCAAUAUCCAAUACAAUGGAGCUCAUCCACAGGUUCAGAGCUCAGUUCAGUGAGCCUCUAUUUGCUGGUUUUGGGGUUGGCUCCUCUGUUACCCUCUGCCAGCUGAAGCAGAGCACUAUGCCUUAUACUUAAAAAGAAAGGGAAAAAAUUAACGUCAAAGUUCCUGUACUCAAACAGCUGAAUGUUUGUUAAUGAUGAAAUGAUAAAGUGAAGACAAUUUGUGUGAAAACAAUUUUUUAUCUCCUUAGUCUAGACUUUAACCUGUAUAAGUGAUCAGUUGAUGUAAAACUACAAAGCAUCAACCAUCAUGUCUUCUCAAGCAUCUUCUCUAAUUUUAAAAUGUUAAAUGUAGUAUGUAAGUAAAAUUAACUUUUUGUCUCUCUCUUAUAUUUUAAACUGAUUAAAAUAAGAAUCAACUAAUUUUAUUAGCUAUUUAAUGCUUAACGAAUGCUGUACAGUGAGACCAUAUUUUUUUUUUUCUUUAUGGUAACUGUUUGAUGUUGCUAAAAGUACCAUUAUCAAAGGGUUAAGAAUCAUCAAUAAAAAUGAAUUGGAUGCAACCCCUGCCUGGGUCCGGUCUUCAUGGGGUUUGCAAGUUCUCCAAGUGCAUUAGUGGGUUCUCUCCGGGUUCUCCGGCUUCCUCCCAUAGUCCAAAAAGAUGACUUGGUUUGAUGGGCUUUUUUAGUUUGUUUUUCUUUUUAAACUUGUGUUUAUUUGGAUUAGUAUUUCAUCAGUGACAUUGUGUGUUUAGAUAAUAUGUAUUGGCAAUUUAAGUAUCACAUAUAUUUUAAGUGUGAGAAUAAAUAAACAAUGUUGAGAAAAUUAUUUAAGUACUAGACUUGUGUGUAUUGAAAAAUAAAGAACUCCUAAAGAUUAGAAGAAGUGC